CUUCAACCUUUUCCCCAGAGUGUUCAGACCUUUGUAACUGCGUGCAACCCUUCGGAAGCAUCCAAAAUGGCAGAGGCAAACGCACCUGCACAUCCGAUCGGAGCUCGAUUGGCCGGCGAAAACGUGCCAGAUAAUACUGAUCCGGCAACCCCGGAAGCAAGAGGUAACCCGCUCGAGGGCUACUAUGCCGGAGAUCAUGUUGCUUCGACUUUGGCAGAGGGCACCAGCCAUGAUGCCCCCGAUAUUAUCCCACCCGUCACGGAUGAAGCCAAAGAGCAGGUACCAUAUAUUAUCGUCGUCAAUGCUAACCAGGAUGUCAUGAAAGCAGUAAUGACUUUGCUUGAGCAGAACAAUUGCUCUGGAGUUAUACUUUCUGCGAGCGGAUUAAUUUCUCAAGCAGCAAUAACUAAUCAAACAUCUGGAACAAUUUAUCACAGGGGACUUUUUGAAAUUGUGUUGGUUCGAGGAAUCUGCGAUCCAAUUAAUGGCAACAAGGUCGAGAUAAUGCUUUCGAACGAUGAUGCUGUUGUCGUUGGCGGCAUGUUAACUGGUUCCCUCAUUGCAGCUCAACCAGUACAGGUUGUUCUUCUUGCACAAGUUCCAGCUUGAUCAAUCAUACUGCCCCUAAGAUGUCUUCCUAGCUCAACAGAAAAAACCAUUGCAAGCACUAGUGGUUUCGAAGCUGCUGAACUUCUCUUAAUUUUUAAGCAAAUACAUAUAUGGAUAAGCAGAUGCUUUAUCAGAUAUUUUCAUUUUAUUUAGAUGUUUAAAGUGUGUUGACACUUGAAGUUGCUUAGUAUAUGUACGGUGAAGUGGGCUUCGAGAUCACCUCUGCUAAGUGCAAUCUCAGAGACAAUUUUCUCUCUCUCUCUCUCUCUCGUUUAAGUAGUUUUUUUUUUCAACUAAGAUAAUAUUAAGUUGACUGUAGUGAAGUGUUGUUCUAUCACUUUUAUUAUGCAAG